AUGGUUGCCUACUACACCAUCUUCGGCCGCCAGGUCGGCUCUCACUACCUGGCCAUGGGCGUCCUCGCCUCCCUCUUCGGCGCCACCUACGCCUCCGUCGGCGGCAGCAAGAAGACCGUCCAGACUCCCCCCAUCAACGCAUCCAGCUCCGACGAGGCCGAUUUCAUCAAGAAGUUCAUGGAGGAGGCGGACAACUCGAAAGAGAAGCACUAA